CGCAACUCGCCAACAUACACACGCGCAGUCGCUUUCAUCGAAAUACCAGAGUAUCGGGACAGGUUGAGAUUCGACGAUGAUAGAGACCGUGCUCAUUGUCCGCCAUGCGUUUCGGUCAAACUGGAGUGUGGACCCUACAACAGGAGAAUACACCGCACUGCUAGUCAAGUCUCCGACUGGCAUACCGACCGAUCCUCCGUUGACGUCGAAAGGCGUCCAACAAUCCAAAGAACUUGCCGAUUAUCUGUCCAGUAUCGAGCCGCCGGUUGAUGUCAUCUACUCGAGCCCCUUUUAUCGCUGUCUGCAGACGCUCAAGCCAUUCACCGACAGACACUUCGGUGGCGGCAAAUCGAGUGGAAAGAUCAGGAUCGAUCGAGGGAUUGGUGAAUUCUUUGGUCGUGCUGACUGGGAACACCCACACCCACCCACUUUGGAGAUGUUGACUCCUCACUUCGAGAACCUUGAUCAAGACCAUGUCUCUACGCAUAUACCAAUGUCUAAGGGCGAGAUGAUUGUCGAACUUCACGAGCGUGUUCGAAAGGCUCUAGAUCACAUGAUUACCACGCUGGAUAACAAUCCAGCACAUCCCAAGACACUUCUGAUCUGCAGUCAUGCCGCCACAAUAAUAGCAGCUGGGCGAGUACUGACUGGUCAGAUGCCAGAUGAUCCAGACACAGAUGACUUCCAAUGCUUCACUGCAGGGCUAUCGAAGUUUAUUCGCAAAAGCACCGAUCCUGCAAAAGGUAUAGCUGGCAACUGGGACUGUGUCCUCAACUCUGAGACGUCGUUCUUGUCAGGAGGUGCCGAACGAGGCUGGAAAUUUAACGGCGACGAGAGCUUUGUGGCAUUUCCCGAUGACCCAAUAGGAGCGGUGGAAGCCCCCAAGCUGUAGAGAGCACGACUUGAUUUGCAUCUCGUGUAGAGUCACGAGGCGCUGCAAUGCAGCAUUUCUGCCGGUAGUUGAUAAAUACCAUAGACUCUAGCAUUUCCAUCGGUCAGGCCCACAGACAGUAGAUAUAAACGAAGAUCACUUCGCACAACAUGCCUCAU